CAUUUCACUGAAAAAUUAAUAUAUUUAACAUUGAUUACAACAAAAAUAAAUAAAUAAAUAAAUAAAUGGUGCUUGCAUACUGUAUUUUAUUCAUUCAAUCAUGAAUGAUACAUUAGAAAUAAAACAUGAAGAAAAUUUACCACAAAAAAGACCUCAAUUUGGAAAUCGUGUUUUAUCAAACGAUGAUGAUGUUUUUCGUCACAAUGCAUGGGACAAUGUUUCUUGGGAUAAGAAACAAGAAGAAUUAGCCCAAAUGAAAGUAAAUGAUAAUUCCACUGUUACAUUAUCAAUGGAAACUUUACUGAAAUAUGAGAAUGAAGCUGAUAAAUAUUGGGACAAGUUUUAUGGAAUUCAUAACAAUAGAUUUUUUAAAGAUAGACAUUGGUUGCUCACAGAAUUUCCAGAAUUAGCACCUGAUACAGUAAAACAGAAUUCUAUGCAACCGAUAAGAGCUGUUGUCACAAAUGAUCAUAAUGAUGAUGAUGAAGAAACACUUAUACAAGUUCUUAAUAUGUCAUCUACAAAUUCAAAUAAAAUCUUAGAAAUUGGUUGCGGUGUAGGAAAUACUGUAUUUCCAAUACUUUUGUAUAAUACAGAUCCGAACUUGUUUGUGUAUUGUUGUGAUUUUUCUGCAAAAGCAAUUGAUAUAUUGCAACAGAAUUCUGCUUAUGAUAAAAAAAGAUGCAAAGCAUUUGUUCUGGAUGUGACGCAAGAAGAAUGGAUAGUACCAUAUGAACCUGAAAGUCUUGACAUUAUUGUUCUGAUAUUUGUUCUUUCAGCUAUACAUCCAGACAAGAUGGAACAUGUUGUUAAAAAAAUACAUCUCUACUUGAAACCUGGAGGAUUAGUUCUUUUUAGAGACUAUGGAAGAUAUGAUUUAGCACAGUUGAGAUUUAAAAAAGGUAGUUGUUUAUCGAAAAACUUUUAUGUUCGUGGAGAUGGUACUCGGGUAUAUUUUUUUACACAAGAUGAUGUAAGAAAAUUAUUCACUAGUAAUGGUUUUAUUGAAGAACAAAAUUUAGUUGACAGGAGAUUACAAAUAAAUCGAGGAAAGCAACUAAAAAUGUAUAGGGUUUGGAUACAAGGAAAAUAUCGUAAAAAAUAAAUAUGUUGAUUUGUUGAAAAAUGCAGAGAUAUAAAUUAAGGAAGAGAUAAUCUUUUAUUUAUCCUCAUCUAAGUUUAUAUUAAAUUAUGGGACAUAAUUUAAUAAUAAUUGAAGUAAGAUCAGAAAGUAAUAAAAUAAUACAAGUUCUAGCUUUA